AUUAUAUCUCCGAUAAGCCAAUUUUGCAUUAUUAUGGAUAUAGAGAUAAAGUUGACCAUUCUCUUAAUAGUUAUAUGUGGUAUUCAACUGGUAAUGCCGAUUGUAGUAAUCAGGAUGAUUAUAAUCCUUAA